UGGGUGUUCUGGGGCGCCACAGCAAAGCGAGGGGCUGAGUUUGCCUCGAUGAAGUGCCUGCCGCCUGCCCUCAGGGCAGCGCUGGGCGGGCAGGGCGGCGUGAGGCGGUCCCGGGGCCCUGUGGGGACGGUGCGGGGACGGCCAGGGGGCUGUGAGCGGGGCCGAGCUGUGCUGCUGGGGCUCUGCCACAUCAGGACCUGUGAACUCUGAAAACUGAGAAAUGCUGAGGCAGGCUUGGCGGUGUUCAGAGGCCCUGCAGACAGAGGAGGAGCAGUUGAUCUCUGGUAUCUUCAGUCCUUGUGGUAGAAAAUGUCAAAGUUUCACCCUUUUUAAAGAACGUCGGGAGGAACUCACUGUGGUCUGAGAACCUGAACAGGCUGAACAGGAAAACACCAGAGAAGCCUUUCUGGAGCUGUUGUCAGACAAACUUCUUGUUAAUCAGGCAAGCAGUGAAGAAUUCUGUGGAUACCGAAGCUCAAAACAGGAUAUUGAUCUCUCUGGGAUGCUUGGACAUCUUUUACUAAGUACGGGAUUUUCAAAGGAGAUCCAGCAUGGCCUAGAUGGUUGACCUUUGGAAAACUUAUAAUGUCCUCUGGAACCAGUAUCAGAAAAAAACGGCAGGGUCUGAGCCUGCAAGGUGUUGACCCAGAAACAUGCAUGAUAGUGUUUAGAACACACUGGGCACAGGUUCUAAAAAUCUUAGAGAAGCAUGAUCCCUUGAAGAAUACUCAGGCAAAGUAUGGGGCAAUUUCGCCUGAUGAAGCCAGCACUGUUCAGAAUUAUGUGGAGCACAUGCUUUUCUUACUAAUUGAGGAGCAAGCAAAGGAUGCCUCGAUGGGGCCCAUUCUAGAGUUUGUGGUCUCAGAAAACAUAAUGGAGAAGCUUUUUCUUUGGAGCCUACGGCGAGAGUUCACUGAUGAGACAAAAAUUGAGCAACUCAAAAUGUAUGAAAUGCUAGUAACCCAGUCUCACCAGCCUUUGCUACAUCACAAGCCCAUCUUGAAGCCUUUGAUGAUGUUGCUGAGCUCCUGCUCAGGAACAGCCACUCCAACAGUGGAAACAGAAUUGGUUGUCCUCCUGAACCAGCUCUGCUCUAUAAUAGCCAAAGAUCCCUCCAUUCUAGAACUGUUUUUCCACACCAGCGAGGACCAAGGAGCUGCCAAUUUCCUCAUAUUUUCCCUUCUGAUUCCCUUCAUCCAUCGAGAAGGAACAGUGGGCCAACAGGCUCGUGAUGCACUGCUCUUCAUAAUGUCCCUGUCUGCAGAAAACAAUGUUGUUGCAAACCACAUAGCAGAGAACACCUAUUUUUGCCCAGUGCUGGCAACAGGACUAAGUGGCCUCUAUUCGUCUUUGCCUACGAAGUUGGAAGAAAAAGGGGAAGAGUGGCACUGUCUACUGAAAGAUGACUGGCUGUUGUCACCAGCCCUUGUGCAAUUCAUGAAUUCUCUUGAAUUUUGCAAUGCUGUGAUACAGGUCGCACAUCCUUUGAUUCGUAACCAGCUUGUGAAUUACAUUUACAAUGGAUUUUUGGUGCCAGUAAUGGCUCCUGCGCUCCAUAAGGUUACCGUGGAAGAAGUGAUGGCUACCACUGCGUACCUGGAUCUCUUCUUGCGUAGUGUUUCAGAGCCAGCCCUCCUCAAGAUUUUCCUCCGUUUUAUUUUGCUGCAUCGACAUGAGAAUGUGCACAUCCUAGACACGCUCACUAGCCGAAUCAACACGCCAUUCCGGCUCUGUGUGGUCUCCUUGGCACUGUUCAGAACGCUCAUUGGCUUGCAUUGUGAAGAUGUGAUGUUGCAGCUAGUUUUAAGGUAUCUGAUCCCGUGUAACCACAUGAUGUUGAGCCAGCGGUGGGCUGUGAAAGAGAGAGACUGUUACUCUGUGUCUGCUGCAAAACUGCUCGCCCUGACACCAGUCUGCUGCUCCACUGGGAUCACUUUGACUCUGGAAAGCCAGGGAAAAGAUUAUAUUCUCUGGACAAAAGCAGCACAAACUGAAGAUUCUGGUAGAGGCCCUUGUGAAUCCACUUGCAUUGUGGAAUGUGGAAGAACCGUGGAUAUCAGCUACCUGCAGUACCUGGGGGAAGCUCAGGAAGCCAUCCUCCAGUGUCUGAAAGACUGUAAGGUUUGGUCUGCCUUAUAUGAUGGAGUAAAUCCCGAUCCAGACACCUUUAUCCAAACGCUUGCUGAGGAGAAUGAUACAGAUGUGGAACACCCCAUGUUUCGGCUCCAGCAAAGGACACCUAGCAUGUGUAGCUCCUCUCACACAGCUCCUUUUGGUGAGAAGAUGCAGCUGGAGCUAGAAUGGGAUGAUAGCUAUGACACAGGGAUUUCUCCUGGUUCUGAUGUGAGCUCGCCCCAUCCGUAUGAUGAUCUGGGGAGCACAGAGAUGCAGCCACCUAUAGAGCCACCAAAACACAUUCAGGAGAUGAAAAAAAAUGCGAUCAUGCUCAUCAAAGGAUCUUACAUAGAAGAAUCAGACUUUCAGGAUGAUGUUAUGGUUUACAGACUAUGUGCCCAGAAGGAUACUCAGGAAGAUAACUCCAAGGAGAAAACUUCAAAUGUAGCCAAAGAACAUCAGGUUGAAAGCCAGACUGUUGUCAAUGGGCCUCUUGCAAACAGCCAGCUGGAAACGGACUUGGAUGAGCACAGUAAGACAAAUUCAAGCUUGACUCAAGGUAUAAUGAAAGAACAUACAAACCAGAAAAUGGCUGAGACGGAUCCACAGCCAGACUUGGAGUUGAAGCUUUCUCCUCAGGAGGCAGAUCAUAACUUAAGUGUAAGACUGCUGAGCACAGAUGGUGAGGAUUUCAUUGCACAGUAUGACAAAAUUAUUAAGGAACUGGAUCCAAAUAAUGCAAGCUUGGAGGAGGAAAAGUUGGACGCUCCUGACCCUGUGUCUCCUGCAGAAGAGGAGGAGGACUUUGAGAAUUUCUCAGCAGACACCCUAUCUGCAGAGAGUGUGUCGUCUCCCUUUGGCCCUAAGGAGGAUCCCUCUCCCAAGCGUGCUACGAGGAGCCAGAGUGCUCCGUUUACAGGACCAUUUAUCAGCGUGGUGUUGUCAAAGCUGGAGAACAUGCUGGAGAAUUCCUUGCAUGUCAAUUUGCUGCUUAUUGGGAUUAUUACCCAGCUGGCGAGUUAUCCACAGCCUCUUCUUCGCUCCUUCCUGCUCAACACCAACAUGGUGUUUCAGCCUAGCGUGCGCUCACUUUAUCAGGUGCUGGCAUCUGUGAAAAAUAAAAUUGAACAUUUUGCUUCUAUUGAAAAAGACUUCCCAGGUCUUCUCCUGGAGGCCCAGCAGUACUUGCUUUUUCGCGUGGACAUGUCUGAUGCAGCCGAGGAGCUGCUAACCAAAGGUAACGUCCAGCAUGGCAGCAGCACAGGGAAAGGAAGGAACCUCUCUGAAGCUUCCCCGGCUGUACUCCAGCCUUUCCUGGGACAUAAAGGAAAAAGGGGCCUGGCUCAUCCUGGUCUUCCUGCGCACGUGAGGAAUGCUGUCCUGGCAGCUGCCCUCUUCCCGGAGUUCCUGAAGGAGCUGGCAGCUCUUGCGCAGGAACACUCCGUUUUAUGUUACAAAAUACUGGGGGAUUUUGAGGAUUAUUAUUAGGAGGGUUUUUAAACAUGGUUUUAAAAUGCUUUUGGAGUUCAAACAGAUUUUUUUUUUUAUAUAAUGCAAAGCUGCUUACAAAAGAAGGUUGUACUUCAAUAUUUCCUGAAAAUACUUGAUUUGGAGGGGGAAGAGAGAGGCAAAAUGUCAUUCCACAUUACCUUAGAUUGGGUCUCAUAAUUUCCCUCUGUGCUACAUAACUUAUUUUAGAGAUCCCUGAUACUGUUCUUAAUGCAGCUUCCGAGUUCUUCUUUAUGCAGCUGCACUUCUUCAGUGUCACUGACUCCUGUUGAAUUUCUGCAAUAGGCACUCAUAGGCUGGCUCAGAGGCAAAUGUUUUAGCUUUUUCUGCUCCAGAAAUAUUCUUUUCAAAAGCCUGUCUGAUGAUGGUUUGUCUGGAAAAACGUUGCUCCAUGGACAAAGUUUGGGGUAAAAUCUGCACGAGAUCCCUUUCUGUGAGGGGCUGUGCUUCUCCAUGUCUCUGCCCUCCUCCCCCCUUCCUCUCCUUCUCCCUGAGACGGGGUUCUUACCAGUCCACCUCCGAAAAGCCCUCUCUGACUGGUGGCUCAGGUUUGUGAAUUCAAGUGAUCUUAUGUGUGUGAAACCCGUGACUAGCUGAAAGCAGGUGCCGGACCCUACGCAUACCGUGUUGCCUUAUGUUGCAGACAGAUCUGCAGCUAUCAGCUGUUGGUCUUUGAAGUCAAAUGAACUGUGUAAGUGGAUGUGGAUUGCAGACUGCCUGGAAUUUUCCUUGCAGUUUCUCAGCAUUCUUUGAUAACUGCUGCAUUGCUACCUAAACUCUCAAGCAUGCCUUAUUUAGUAAGAUUUGCACAAAGUACAAAACAAAACGUGUCUAUGCAAGUGGUGAUUAAUUUGUAGUUUGUUUUUAUGCUUAUUUUAAUAAGCUAAGGAAAGGUAUUCAAUAUCUUUCAGUAGUAUUAAAAGGACAGCAGGCUGGUUUUGUCCUUUUUUUAAUGAAAAAGGUUGGCUUGCUCCUGAAAGCUGUUCUGUUUUAUUGUUCAUUUUUUUUGGUUAAGGGAAAGUUGAAUACUGUUUGUUUACUUUUAAUUUAGGUGUUGACUUUUCCUAAUAUUGCACUUUCGGGAUAGCGAGGGGAGGACCAGGCUAUUCACCAGCUGCAGAAAAGGAAGCGGUAACAGGGAAAGCUGUCUGCUGGUGACUAACUGCUCGAGAAAAUUCUCUUCCGUGAGUAAUGGGCUUCAUUAGAAGAACCCAAGCAUGAUGAAUUGGUGCAUCACCACUGCAUUCCAUCUUAUCUCAGUAGCAUAAUUGUGCUUCCACUCUGCUCUAGCUGGCUACAUAAAGGGGUGUUUAGCUCAAGAAAGCCUUAAACCCCCUUUUUCCAGGAAAGAAACUUAACAGCCUCUCCAGAAAACUUGAAGAACCAGAAAUAGGAAAUAACACUUGCGUGUGUUGGUUCUGCUCACUGUAAUUCCGUAAUACUGGGAUACUUCAGUCAAUCACACCCCAAUUUCCAUACACACCUUCUCAGAGAUUGCUUGGGGAAAGCUUAUGGUAGUAAGAACACUUGGUUAAAAACAAAACCACCCCAGAAGAGUGUAAUUAAUUACAGAUCAAUUCUUGUGGACCUUGCUGUGCAAUUUAAGCUCCUAAAUCCUUUAGAUGCUUGUGAAAAAAUUGUACCUUUCAUCUACAACUGUGAGAAGCAUUCAUUGUCAGACUGCUGGAGGCAAUUCUAAUGAAAAAAAUCCCAAAGUGUACCUCUAACAAAAUCACCUCAAGAAUUUCUCUGGGUCUGUCUUUGCUUGUUUGCUGUACAGUCUUCACUUCGACCGUGGCUGGGGGCCAUGUUGCUUCCUGGCUGAUUCUCUGGUUUGCUUUCACUUCUAACUUGUCUAUUUUUUUUUAAGCACCAUUGCAUUGCCAUCCUGUAAAUCACCUUCUGACCUCCACGUGGCCCUGUUUCACUUCACAAGCUUCUGUGGAAGCUGAAGUCAAAGCUGUGUUUUUUUUUUUUUUUUUCUUAAAUCUCAGUUAUCCAGGCUUGGGAGAGCUCUUCCCUUCUUUCUUUUUUUCCCCUGCAUUGCUGUUGUGAAUGAGAGAUGAGCUAAUUAAGAUACUUUAUGUCAUCCUGGGAAAUAGUGGGCUCUUCCUCCGUUCCUGCUAUUACCCGAAGUGCUGUCUUUCACGCUGUACUCACGCUGUCUUUCAUGCAGGCCGGGCCUGAAGGAGUUCUGUGGCAUUGUGUGGAGUGUUUCAGCAUUGUGGGUGUAGGGCAGGGUGUGCUGUGCUCCUCGCCUCUUCUGGUAGGAACUUUGUGAGCAAAAGAAAAAGACCUGAAUAAACGUGAUCAGCUCACUUCUAGUGGUUCAGAAUCAUGUGCUAGAUUGCAAAAGUAAUCCAAUUGUUUUUUAAAGGAGGAUUCCUUAAAAAAAAAAAAGAAAAGGAAAAUCAAUUCUGCAGACAGACGCUCAAGGCAGCGAGCUUACUCUGUGAACCCUCCCUUCCCUUGUUUUUAUUCUGAAACAACAAUCUUUGUUCGCUGGGUAGGAGCGAUUUCUUUUGAGAUUGUUAUUUUAACUGGUGUUUUCAACAAACCUGCAAAGUCACGGCAGUGUUAAUCUCAGCAGGGCUAUUAAGCUACAUGGGGAUUUUAAAAUUUGGACUGCUCAAAAAAGCACCUGUAAAUUUGAGAGAGGGGAGGAUUUUCCCUCCUGGAAGAGGAUAAAGUCAGCUGCAGGAGGAUAAAGACAGCCGUUGGAGUGAUGUGGAGGACUUCUUGCUGAAAGGUCACAACUGUUUGUACACAGUGUCCCCUUGUAAGAGGGAAACCUGCCUGUCAGCUCCCCAAAAGGGAGAGCUGGGUGAGUGCAGUGACCCUGGCUCAGGACCAUAAAAAUGACCACUGUAUGUGUAACGUUGUAUUUCUUGGUUCCUGAGCGGAGUCGGGCUUGCAGCUAUGACUCAGCUGUGACAGAAGCAUAAUGUCAGCACCCAGUGAAAAAAUAUUGGCAGGAAUUACAUCUCCCUGUCUUCAAAAUGCAGAACCUGUGAUUUAUCUUGAAAAUGUUGAUCCUUAGAGAUGAAUCACCUUUUUGUGCGUAAGUUCUUCAGCUAAAUGCUUGUUUAAUAAGCUCCUUCCCUCCAGUUAGAUAAUGUAUUAUCCCGUCUCUCACCAAUGAGCCAUCUUUUUUUUCAAAACAACAAAAAAAAUUAAUAAAUUAUGCCUCUGGUCUCUGCAGUCCAGGUGGUACACCACUGGAGGACACAGUGUUAUGUUGCUCUUUCCAGGAGGGAGGCGUUCCACGAUCCGGAUCUUCCCACGCUCACGUGUAUGUCGCUGGAGUAGUCCCCUUCUGCACGUUGUCUCAGCAUCGGUCAUGUGAAGUACCCUGGGGUUGGCAGAUCUAUUCCAAAACCUGCAGGUGGUGGCUCAGUGAUACCAAAGCUAAUUUCCAGUCUCCUCUUAUACGUUUCAAACUGUGAGUGCCACAUUUUCAAUGAUGCAGCCUUUCAGUGUGGUUUUAAGCUGUUCUGCUCUAGCAAGGAAUCUUUCCUGCUCUUUGAACCUGCUAUUUUCUUGCAACCUGCCUAUAAGGUGAGCACUUUGUGUCUUAAAACAGCUGCAGUCAUUGUCUUCUACCUUUGACCCAUUUUGGAUGCCCUGUAGUUUAGGCUCAGCACACACACACGUUUCCUAUUGGACUGCUGUACUCAGCAGCUUUCAUUCAAGACAGCAUCACCCUUUGUAUGUACUGAUCUCUGAACACACACACAUCAGUUGCAAUUCGUGUGCUGUGUUGUUGGCCCUGCUUAAAUUUCGCUUUCCCCUAUGUGCCGUUAAAGGAAAAUCUGGGAUUUUAAAAGAGACCGAGGUGUUGAUUGGCGUUGCAGUUCCAGAUGUGAAAGAUGCACUGCUGUGUUUGUGCGGGUAACGGCGGGGCCUCCUGCACUUGCCUUUCAGACUCGAUCUGCUGUUUUUACCAAGGCUGGUAAAUUUCCUGGAAUGGAAGAAAACCCCAGAGAUUGGGGGUGGACUGGAGACAUGGGCAGGAGCCUCGCUUUUGAAUGGGAACAGAACUGGCAGGCAGUAAGGCUGAGCGGUGCUUCUGCCACCAGCACAACUCUAAUUGCUCUUUGGCCCAGGCACGAUGCCUGAGUGGUCUGCACGCUCCUUCUGAGAAAAACAUUUGCAAACAAACUUACUGCAUCCUGCCGAGUCCAAGGAUUUAGGUUCAAGAGGUUAAGUCCUAUUUACCAAGAGAAGCGGACCAUCUAGCACAGCGUACAGGCAUUCGCUCCCCUUUUGUGUGCUGUGCUUAUGCCUCGCAGAAGGCUUCAUGCUUCAGGAAGGUUUUUCAGCUCCUCUAGGAAGCUCUAAAAUCUCAGGGUUGAGAGGAAAAGGAUGGGAGCUGUGUGAUUUGGCGCGGUGAAAUUAUGUCAUUGUAUCACUUAAAUUUGUAGCCACAGCUCCUGUUUGAGGGCAGCUUGAUUUAAUAAGCAAUUUACUGUGCUGUAUUUACUGAAAUUGCUAUGUCAUGCCUGCAGUUUUUAUGACAGCUCCUAUUAAGUUCGUAACAUUUAAACUGCACCUGCAGUUACGAGAGAAUACUGGCGUUUUCUUCUUUCUUUUCUUUUGACUCCGAUGCCUCUGGCACAGUACAGUAACGUUGCUGCUGUGUCUAGAUCUGAUUUUGCUAAUUACAGUAUGUUCCUCUUGCACGUUUUGAACAUUCCCAGCAGAAACAGGGUACCUGACACCCAGGCUGCGCAGGCUAACGAGCAAACCCAAGGUAAAACAGCGCAGAUUAGCAGGGGGCACUUGCAUCUGUGUGAAAUGCAGCAAAAAUUUACAUUUGUGUUGACCUCACUUAACAGGGACCAGAAAUAAAAAACUUGUGGCAAACUUGAAAAAAUGGAUCUGACAGUAUCCUAUGGUAACUGUCCAGUUGGGUAGCUCUGCCCAGUAAUGUUUUGGACCAGAACUGUGUGAAGGAGGGUAAAAAUUGCUCCUUGUUAGUGUGGUGUCAGAUUUGCAUAACUAGGUAUCCAGAUAAUAGGACAGCAGUGCCAGCUGUCAGGCCGAAGGCAGCCAGAGAACGCAGCGCUACUUCGGUGACUUUGUUAGCUGUGAAAGCCCGACUCUGAGUAAAUGUACUUAAUUUUUCAGGGGCCCCCAGCUUUUCUGAACACGUUGUGGCCCUGCAUCAACGUGCUUCAUUUGUUACAUGCCCAGUUGGAAGCCUCUUAUUUAUGAAUAGGAGCAUUACUUGUAUUCUUAAAUGUGUAGGUACUUAGAGUGGCGUUUUGUUGCUGACUGUGCAAAUCUUCUUUUUGUUCAUUGAUUAUAAUGGUUCUUGUGUGGCAGCUGGAUUAAAUUAAGACUGAAGUCUCUGGGCUUAAAGCCCUGAUGGAACUUUUGUGCAAAGGCUGCAGUUCUCAACCAAAUAACUUUCUCUGGCGCUUCGGCAGAAUGCCUGCAUACAAUUAGGUAUUGUGGCCUGAAUACCUGCAACCUUCCAGUUCCGACGAAGCCAAUUCCAUAGCAGCUGUAUAUUUAUUGCAGUCUGCUUCAAAAGUAACUAGCUUGGAUUCGGACCAAAAAAAUAACGAGUUAAAUCCAGGACAGCUAAACUGCGUUUGGCUGAGCGCUGCUGUGGCAGCUUGGCCAGGGCCCGGACAAAAUGCCAUCCUGCCUGUCCUCUGAGGGCAGGGAGCGGUGCUGGCUCCUGGCACUCCCUGCUGCACCUUGAGCCGAGGCCUUGUGCUGCUCCAGGUGCUUCCCCGUGUCCAGGCGUCGGUCUUAAAACUCCAGCAUGGUAACAGUGGUGUCUGAGCGCCUCUAAGACCAGACUGAAACUAAAGGCUUUAGGAAUGAGGAGGCAAAAUGCAACUUGCUGGUGGUUAUGCCAGCUUUGUGGGUGUUGCUGCUUGAGGUAAUUGAAGCUGUGGUUGGUGUGGCAGUGUCAGGAGAGCUCUUGCUUCAGGCUUAUGCGUAAUGGCUGUGAGUGGAGGGAGCACUCCCCGGGGUGAAACUUUUGGAAGGACAGGAGUGUAAGGGCCCCUCUCCACCUGUACAUCCAAACAACCCUGUAACACCUGAAGGCCCCACAGGAGAUCUGGGGGCUGGGACUAAGUGCCUGCGAGGGCUGGCCUGGCACUCAGUAGGACCACACACAGCUACAUUGCCCCCUGAACUGAACUCGCAUCCCUCUUGUCUUGUGGCAGCAGCCGGGCACUUCCGCUGCCCACUGAAGCUCUGCUGUAGUGCAGUUAAAUUUAGGCUGUACAGCCAGAAAUUGUGUGUUGGAGCACAGUCAGAAAAGGAGGAGCAUUCCUGGUGGCACUGUGUUCCUGCUGCAGUGACCCCUAAUUACUGGUCUGGCUCGGCCCAGAGACUCUUCUGCUUGGAGUUUAAAUUUACCAUCACGAUGGGCAGGAAAACGCACAGCAAAUCACAGGCCUUGACAACUUAGGACUUGGGAUUUUAUUGCCUUCUUCACACUGUGUAGCAGUAUCAUUCGCUCUUUCUCUGUGUUUUAUAUGAAAGUUUGCCACGUCUUGCAGGGGAGCAGGGAAGAGAUUUGCACCAACCAGCCAGCCCAGUGCAAGCAAGCUCCUGAGUGUCCGGAGGGAUAAAUCUUGACCUCCUGUCCGUGGCAGCUUGGUUUUAUGUGCCUGUUGUGUGAAGCAUAAUAUAACAAACUUUGGGGUGUUUGUAAACAGCAUUGCAAGGAAGAUGCAGGCAAUGAGGGCAAAAAGACCAGCGCACUGUUCUGCCUUCUACCCUGAGCAUUUUGAGAAGAGAGAGUUGAGGGAAAACCUAACUUGCUUAAGGGAAGAAAAGCCACUUUACAUGUCAAGCAUACACACAGGGCCAUAAAUUACUGAGAAGGUGCUGCUGAGGUCAGUGAUUGUGAGAGUGUGUAGGUAGAGGGGUGCUCAGAACAGAAACGAGAACAUUGCAGUGUGCUGACGCCAUGCCACAGAGUGGAGAGGGGCUGCAGUGAAAGUGCAGUGUGAAUACUCUAGCUGUAAAUUUUUAGUUAAGGCUCCUAUCAUAUGCUUCUAUUUUUAACACAGUUAAAAUUAAACUCUGCAGCCAAGGCUGAGUGCUAGAAAUUCUUUCUUCGCUACUUCAGCUUUGCCAGCAUCUUUUUUGUCAACUUUCUUCUCCUCUUGCACAGCCCUGGGUAUGGGAUACCUCAGCUAUAGGGGACGGUAAGUAUCAUCUCUCCGCCUCAGGGGUGACCUCCUAGAGGACUUUUCAUCAGCGGUUAGAUGAGCUUGUCAUGACAGUGUCUGGUGUCAGCUUUUAAUUUGCGAGCAUUUUCCUCGUCCCUCUGUUCAUGGACGGCUACUGCUGAAAAUCUGCACGAACCUGUCCUUAACUCACCCUGCCUGGUGCUGCUGCACAGAUGGCACCUGCACUCGGUAGCUCAGGGAGCCCUGCCGUGGCUGUGCAAGGCUUACCAGUUAGGGGCAAAGCCCCCACCUUAAUUCUCAAGUUGAGUUCCUAGCCUUGAUACAACUGUGUUUAUAACAGCCUCUGAACACUUCAUCGCCAGGUUCUGCAUUUUAUCUUCCUGGACCUACCUGUCCUCUGGUUUUGGGGGUGAUUGCUUUUUAUUAUUAUUAUUUAUGUAGUCUUUGCAAUAGCCGAUACAGAAUUCUGUGAGGCUACUUCUGUCUUUUUAUGUGCUUUGCAGAGUAUUGCUAUACAAAGCUAAGCCAAAGUUGCUCUUGUGCUCAGUAUGAAGUUUACUUCUGGGAUGUUUAGAAUUUGCCUUUAGCUCCAUUUAGGACACAGUGAGGUGGUAUGAAUUUGGUUGUAUGGGUUUGCUCAGGAUGGCGUGGCGUGACUGACGAGCCCUUUACCGCAGGCUGCUGUAGUCAGAACCACGUGAGCUGGCCACGCUGAGCGUUCUUACCUCUGGCUCCUGCUGCCAGCUCAGACUGCUUCGAAGCUGAUAGCUGCUAUCUCCAUGAAUGUAAAAAAGAUCCAUCAUCUUGAACUCCUCUGACUCAAAAACACUUCUCUUCCUAUCAUAAAGAAAUUUACAUUUUGUGUGUGUCUGCAGAAGACUUGUUUAAAAAUUCAACAAGUGACUGGUUCUUAAUAUAGUUCAAAAUUUAUAGGCUGUGGCUGAUCUUUACCUUCCCUCAAAGAGAAAGAAUAUUAAAAUUAUCCCUUUUUGUCUUACUAGUUAUCCAUUGUGGCUGGCAGGUGGAGGUGAAAAAUAGGUUGAGACUUAAAGUAAAUCCAAUUCAAGAUCUAAUGCUGUACUCAUAUAGAACUUGGCUCAUGAUUUUUAACAGAUUUUGUACUCUAUUAGCAAAGUCUAGUUAUUUAGGAAAAGAGUGGCUAUGGAGUUAUAACUAUUGAAAAGAAAGACAUUUACCAGCAGUAGCCAUGCUACAGUAGUGGAACGCCUUCCCUCUCUUAAAUACAGCUUAAUUGUUACUGUCCCAAAUACGGUGUUGUGCUUCUCAACUCUUUAUUUAUUUUUCAAGAGGCACCCACUACUAUAGAGGAUAAACUCAGCACAACAGCAUCAAGCUGUGCAACAAAAAGCAUUAACCUUGGAGGACAACCUUUUGGAAACAAUUGUGUUUUUUACACCCAGGAGUACCUUUAAAUUAGGAUUUGAGAUUUCACACAGAAGCCCUUGUGCCUUUUGGGUUCUUCCUGCCAUGGCAGGAGUUGAACAGACCUCCAGUUCUAAAAUGUAAAGUUUGCUGUAUAGUCUAAACCUUGUAUUAACUGAAAGCUUACACCACUGUAAGAGAAAAUGGUACUUCUUGCUCAUGCUAUGAAAACAUAGUAAAAACCUUUGUGUGACUGUCAGGCUACAAAAAAAUCCUGGUUUUGUGUUUUUGUAAGGGUCACGGUUUUUGAUUGCAACCAUGUUACUGCUUUUUGUCAGCUUUAUGACUUUUUAACUGUAAAGUUAUUUUUAUGUGAAUUCUGGGUAUACAUUUUAUUCAUUAAAUGUAUUUGAAAGCUG